AUGCACGUGCGUACCGUGUGUACAGGUAGCUACGCUCCUGACUGUCUUCUCCUAGAAGCGACAUGCAACUUUGAUGUAUCUUUGUGCGGUUUCGAGCAAGGCAUAGAUGACAAGUUUGACUGGACUCGACACAAAGGAAAUACACCCUCUUCCGGUACUGGACCUUCUCUUGAUCACACCACUGGAAACAUGACAGGUGAACUGUAAAUUUGCGAUCGUGCGGUAAAAUCUAGAAACUUACUAUAAGGCAGUCCUACUACUAUUAGCAAAGAGAAAUAUAACAUGUAUUAAACUAAUGUAAGAGCAGUCCGCUGCACAUAUUGUUAGUGAAUUUUAUAGUCAAAGCAGGUCAAGCGUACCCCCCAAGAUUCUGUUAAUGAAUUGAUUAUUUGAAAAAUGAAUCCGUUAGUGGUUCCCGUAUCUUUUGUCAAAUUCAAAUCGGCAUUUCUGCAUGCGUAAUGAGCAGUGAAUAUCUAACGAGAACUUCUCUGUAUUAGGUCAGAUUGAAAAUCUUUGAAUAGAUUAUAUUUCUUAGAAGAUAUUUACAUCAAAUUCAGGGAAACUGAGCUGGUAGAAAUUUCGUAACUGCCUCGCGUGUGAAUUCACGGCUCAUUACGCAUGCAAGAAUGCAGAGAUGAAUCUGAAAUCUACAACUAUCAACGGAUUCAACUUUCGAAUAAUAAAUUCAUUAAUGGGAUCUUGGGGGGUACGCUUGACCUGGCUUGACUGUAAUGUUGCCAGUUUUUCUACUUUAUGCCACGGCCACUUUCCUUGGUUUAAUUGUCUUUUUUGUUACUUUUUUUAGCUGCCUGCGUAUUUAACUCUUGAAAGUAUCAGGCGAAAAUAUCUAAUUUCGUGCCACUUAGUGCAAUACGAUGACGUUGCAGUCACUCUUUACAUCCAAGGGGGACUUUGUUCAUUUCUUGUAGCGUUUCCUCUUUUUCUCAAAUCCCGAAAGAAGGGCGUCUUAGCACCUUUUUUUUAAGAAGGCGCCCUUCUUUGAUCAUUCUCAUUGUAUAAGUCAGUGUCACCUUUUUAAAGUCACAUUGAAACUUUUUUAGUGCGCUCUGGGAUUGGUUAUUUUUUUUUCUCUUCUCGCUAUCCGUACACCUUGUAUCCCCUUGUAAGUUAUAGACGUGUGCAUUUAUACAUUAUAUCUUUUCAACAAAAAACUAGAUGAUGUAACAAAAUUGGACAGUCCGCACUGUCUGGUUAAGUAUUUGCUACUCUAUGUUGAUCUUCAUCUCUUUAAAGGUUACUUCAUGUACAUAGAAGCAUCCAGUCCACGAAAACGAGAAGAUAAUGCAAAAUUGUACAGUCCUCCACUGACAUUCGCAGGGCACAUGUGCCUUGAAUUCUAUUACCAUAUGUCUGGUGUAGCUAUUGGAAGCCUGAAAGUCACCAUAGAUGAAAAAGUAGUGUUCUCUAGAAGCGGCCAAAGAGAAGACAAGUGGUAUAAAGUCAGUAUAAAUGUAUCAGCUAUUGUGGGAUUGCAUUGGGUAAUAAGCUUUUAUUGUUUUUACCUCUCUUAAUCUAAUGAGCCGAGAUCCUCAACGAUGGGAAAACGGUGUCCACUAAAGGUAGUAAUAGAGGAAGUUAAUAGACACUAGGAAUAUUUUAUCAUAUCUUUUGUAAUAAUUUUACUUCGGCUUUGGAGUCUAAGCAGGUUCGAAAUCUUACUUUAGUCAUGAACUUCUGCUUUUUGUACUUGUCAGUUAAAAAGAAGGUGAAAAAGUUGACUCGAUCGAUCGACUGCUACUAUUAUCAAGCUGCAGCUUAAGCUGUAUCUUACCAUUAGUUUUAAUGUGACACAGUUAAUUUAACAGUUAAUGAAUGAGGCUGAGUAUCUUAUGAAGAAUUAUGGAGAUCAAGGAGGGUGUUAUCCGUCGAGGCCGUAGGCCGAGGGGGAUAACACCCUCCGAGAUCUCCAUAAUUCUUCAUAUGAUACGAAAGCCGAAUUCAAUAACUGUUUUAUCAUUCAUUCAAAAUAACUCCUAGUUUAAAAACAUAGCUAAAACAUGCUUACCUCCAUCGAUCCAUCGAUGUUCAGUUCAUCUUCGAUAGUGUACGUUGAGGUUUGUCCAGCUCCGCAAAUAUUCUCCAAAUAGCAGAUGUAGCCCUUCGAGUUGUCUUCUUGCUGUUCUGGCCAUGUUUUUAGCUAUUUUUUCGCCUAGUUCUUACUCUUGAAACGAGUGAAAUGUCCGCCAUUUUUUCAAGUUCACAACCAAAACAACUCAACCUCGUCCCCAGGUCUUCUCGGUUAACGGUGCCUUAACCUGCAAAAACGCUGCAUUUUUGACGUCAUUUCCUCGUUAAAGUCAAAAUUCUUCCAAAUUUGGUCAUCAGUAUCUGGUUAUGGUGAAUUAAACGUGUGCUUUUAGCCAAUCAGAAUCGGGGAAAUAUUUUGAAUGAAUAAUAAUAACAAUUAAUGAAUGAGGCUGAGUAUCUUAUGAAGAAUUAUGGAGAUCGAGGAGGGUGUUAUCCGUCGAGGCCGUAGGCCGAGGGGGAUAACACCCUCCGAGAUCUCCAUAAUUCUUCAUAUGAUACGAAAGCCGAAUUCAAUAAUUGUUUUAUUAUUCAUUCAAAAUAAUUCCUAGUUUAAAAACAUGGCUAAAACAUGCUUACCUCCAUCGAUCCAUCGAUGUUAAGUUCAUCUUCGAUAGUGGCAAAAUAUUUACCGAGCCAGCGAGGUAAAUAUUCCUAAAGCCACUAUUUACCGAGAUUGAAAAGAAUAAUUGUUUUAGUAUAUACACACGAAGUGAUCUCAACAAAAUCAGAGAGGAAACCAUUAAAAAGUACGAUUUGAUUGACAGAUCGGGUCAGCUAGACACGCGACAGUUUAAAAAUAGGUCUUUGUAGAAUUUUCAAACAUGGCAAUUCACAAGCUUAUCACUUCGCAAACAACAGUGUAAUGACUUAAAUGGAACCGCUAAAAGUUUGAAUUGUUUCCUUACCUGAGAAGAAAAGAAGAGCUUUGUUGUUUUCUGUUUAUUCGCCAAGUUUAUAGCCGAAAAGGUUUAUUGUGUCGUUCCUCGCAUGAAGUGCAGACAAAAAUGGCGAUUCGGUUCCUCGAGGUAAGACGUCGUCUUCAUGUAGCAUUCUUUCUCGUGUUUACUUGAACGUAGAAUUUCUGCAAACAUUUGCUUUCAAAUUUGUUUGUCAUAAAUAAACUUCGUUUUUGGGCCAAAUUUUUCUUGUUAGGAAACGCUGAGUUCACGAAACGGCCUCUUCUAGGCGAAUAAACGGGAGUUGUAAACAAUCCAUCGACCACAAAACUCAACAACAGUAAAUGGAAAAACGCCGUUUUGAAUCCUUCGAAGUCUUUUCUUGCCUGAAAAAAAGUCAACCCUAGGAUUUUGUCGACUUUUAAAAGAUCUUUCACUAAGAAAAUGGGAAAAAAACCGAGCUCACACAUUAUCCACUCGCUAGGAGGUGAAUAUUGUUGAAUAGUCCGAGAUAGCGAACCAAUCAGAUUGCUUAAAUCACCAUGAUCACUGAGUGUGUAUAUACUAAAUAUCAUUCGAUAAUAACAUUUUGUCACUAAUUUCAGUACAACACAUAUUAGUUUCUCUUCAAGUCAUGAAUUAACAGCAGCGCUUUCGGACUGAUUACACCUUUCAUAGAACAGUGUAAUACAGCAGUACACGCCUAAGUAAUUUAUACACAUUUCGAGCUAUCGCAGCGCGGGAUUGAAUGUUUUUUUUUAUUAAUUUCCUCACGUAUCAGUUAUAUUUGUGAGAAAGCUUCGCGUGGUUCAGAUUUGUCUCUAAUUAUAUACAGACGUCAUUAAACAAAUCAGGCAACCCCAACCGCGAUUACAGACUGAAAUAGACUUCACUCAUUCCUAUUACCCUGCAGUAUCUAAAUUAUCAGAAUUACUUUCUUUUAUCACAGGUGACAUUUGAAGGGGUAGUUGGCGACGGUGACAGUGGUGACAUAGCAAUUGACGACUUCUCCUUGACAGCCGGGUCUUGUGCUUAUGGUAGGUAGUUUUGAAAAAGAAACUUCUUUCCAAGAUGAAAAAAAAAAAAUAGUCGUGCCCUAUGUUUCUUAAUAAAUGCUUUAUACUUGACUUGUAUCUUGCAAGUCCGCAGCAGCUGCCGUAGAGGAAGCGCCAAUACGAAAACUGUGCCCUUUGAGAGAGUUAUACGGUAGACCGACUUGACGCGCGGCGUCCCUAAGACGGUUAAGGAUGGCGGAUCUACAACCCUGGUCAAAACUCUUGGGACACUAACGCAAUAGCUCGUCAAAUUGAGGCAUCUUCCCUCCCCCCUUCCCCUCGGUGCAGUGUUGACGUUAUGUAUUCAAGUUUUAAUUCAACACAAUCAACACUGCUUGGGGGGGAGGGGGACAGCAAAAAUAGCCCCUUAUAACAACAUCCCCAAGCUUUUUUAAGAGGUAGAAUAUGAGUUAAUUUAGCAAAGUGCGUCUUUGUGCCUAGUUUCGUCAAGUGUCCCAAGACGUUUUGACCAGGGUUGUAGUAAGUAGACACCCAGAUUGGAAAGAAAAAAGUGGUCCACGCGGGCUAGCGGUGAGAAAGUAAUCACGCCCCAUCUUGACUCAGUUGUGGGUAUUUACGUUUGUCUUUGGGGACAACAAAAGAUUAGCGUCAGAAGACAAUUAGAACGGCUGUGUAUGAAAUGAGGAUAAAGACCAGGAAAAGGAUUGAAACUUACUUGUUCAGGUUCUUUCAAUAUGCCUCUGAUAAUAAUUGUCGUUAUAGAAACUUGACAGCAGUUGUAUUUCAUCACGACGGCGCGCGGGAAGCAAUUUCUUUGACGGAUUCAAAAAGUACUGUGGGGUAGGGAAGUGAUGGAGCGAAAACCACCCAAAGCAGAAGUAUCAAAAAUAUUCUUUAUAAAGCUAUCUAGAUAGGUAUAUUUUCUAGUCAAAUAUUGAAAAAGGAAUGACCCGGAGGGAGGGGCCAUCUCUAUUGUCUCAUGUGUUUGUCUGUGACUGAUUCAUCACUGCCGGUGUUACGUCACAUACUAACCGGCGAGUGCCAGUCGGGUCGCAUGUGCAAAUUUGAAAGGGACACCGUAGUCAUUCGAACCAGAGAGGUCGGGGAAAAAAUAAAAACCGAGGCAAAUAGACCAUAAGUGCGUGAGCUUUGUUGUUGCUUUUAUCUGCUUGUGUAAACCGUCUUGGUAUGUUGUGUCCGUAAUUGUGUAAUUCUAUUUUUAAAAUUUGUGUCGCGGCCGUGUUUACGCGACCAACAAGUGCAUAAAAUUGGUAACGUCUAGAGUCUCCAGAAAAGGAGGUUCGAUUCAGAGAUCACACACGUUUAUAUUCCAUAUAUUCUUCGCUGCUUAAAUCGACCAUACUUCUAAUCAAUCCCUUCGAGUGUGGGCCUCUGUUUAUUUCUCAAUUCUCCAUCAAAUUCAGUACAGCUUGUUUGCUUGAUUUUCUACAACGAUCAACCCUUUGAACCCGAAAUAAUAUUGAGAAAUAAAGGUUUGAUAUACGUGCUUAAGAUAAUUUUUUCGAACAGCCUCUAUGGCAGAGAAAAUGGUUUUAAUAUAACAAAUUCCCCGGGGGCACAGUUUCUCCCAAUACGGAUCGACCAAGGCCGGUGAAAAACAUUUUUAUUUUUUCCUACUGACAUUUAAAAGUUUCUGGAAAAUUUUACUUCAGCCUCCAACCUAUGUAUGUUGAAGUAGAACGCGUUCGUGUUGAUGAAGCGCGGGAUCGAUUCCAAACCAAAACAAAACAUACAACGUGAUUUUUAGCUUGUAAUUUAUAUUAGCACAAUUCAGCUCUGAGCUCUUUCAGAAUAAAGAAAAGUUUUUGUGUGUUGGUAGACAAUUCAUAAUCUGCGUGUCAAACAAAGACAAAAGAAUUGACGAACUUGAUAUUAAAAACCACAGGAAAAAAAAAAAACAGCAAAGAUUUUCUUCGGCUAAAUAAUUACUUUAGGAUUAGUUCAAUCGAGCGGGAUGAAAACUGCACAAGGCUUUAUAAAAGGAGCUAAUUACAGAUACCAAUCUUAAGGUUUUGACUAUAAAUAAUUAAAAAUAAUUAGCUUUAAAAAAGUAAAAUAAAAGCAGCAAAAAGGAUUCCUAACCUAACUGGUAACCUCCUAACCCUAACCUAACUUAACCUAACCCUAACCCCGGCUAACCCUAACUCGAGCUUUCCUUCCAUGAUUGCCGCGAAAACCCUCCUCUUAAUAGUCAUGGAACUUGCAGGAAGUCAAAAUGGUGGGAGAGCGAAAAAUUGUCGAGUCCUGGCCCGAAGUCCUGGCUCGAGUCCUAGCUCGAGUUCUGGAUGAGUCCUGGCUCGGUAUAUAGGCAUCCUCAUUGAAAGAGUAUUAAAACUUAAGCUUAAAUGCAAUCAUUGACAACCUUUUCUGAAAAGUAGAAAACUAGCGAGACAAAAUUCAGUGAAAAACGACAGAAUCUAGAUUCAGACAACAGAAAUGGAAAACUUAACUACAAACAAUGUAUAGCUGCCGUAAGGCGACUUCUUUUACCGAUCAGCGCUAACAAUAGACGCACAAGUUUAUUCCGAUUUGAGUCCUCGAGGGGUACAGCAAUAAGCAAGAUGGUAGACCAUUGACCCCAAAGACUCGACUGACAUUAAGUCCGAUGUACCGUAAUUUGCCGUAUUUGAUGUGUUAAUUGAGUUGUGUUGUGUUGUUAAACUGUUAAACUGAAAUAAAAGGUGAAAAUAAAACUUCAGAAAUACUGCGAGCGCAAAAAAAUACUGCAAAAAUGAAAUACAGCAAACGAAUGGACAACGCACUUACAUUGUUUUGGCGCAAAACUUCUGACCGCAAAAGAGAUACUUCUGAUAGUAAACUACUACUUAGUGCUCUUGAAGAAACAACGUUGAAAUAAAAGCUGAACUGAAAAUGCUAGAUGGAGUAAGGUCACCCCUGCACAUUGCAUUGAUUGUAGUGAAUCCUUUAUUAACCCACAAUCAUUUAUUUUUUCUUGCAAGACUGUUCACAAAAAUUUCACCACUUUGAAAAAAAACAAGAUCUACCAACCAAAGGAGGGUCGGAUGUCGAACACUUCACUAUCGACGGAACUCGGUUUCUCGCCUUCGCAAACUCUUUUAGUGAUACCGAAGGAUAUAUCACCGACUCUUUCAUCUACAAACAGAACGAUUCCACAGGAAUUUUUUUCCUUUAUCAGACUUUAGGCACACAUGGAGGCAUUGACAUGGAAUAUUUUAAAAUUGGUGAUCAACAUUACCUGGCUGUCGCAAAUCAUCGUGUUGGCCCUGCGUACCGACAGAAUUCAGUUAUUUACCAGUGGAGUCAGGAACAAUUUGUUGUCUUUCAAAGCAUUGAAACAUUUGGAGCACACAGCUUUGACUUCUUCGAAAUAAAAAAUGAGCAGUUUCUUGCCAUUUCAAAUUAUCGUGAUGACUCCUCGUACAGUACCAACUCAUUCAUCUACAAAUGGAACAGUAAUAAAUUUGAAAAGAUUCAAGACAUAGCAACCGAGGGGGCUGUUAAUACUGAGACCUUUGUAAUCAGCAAUGAAACCUUUAUUGCUUUUGCAAACCAUGGCGGAUGGCGUUCGUCCCCACAAAACCAAGAUUCAGUUCAGUCAGCUGUGUUCAAGUGGUCAGGGCAGCAAUUUGUCAAACUGCAGUCUUUCCAGACAUAUUACGCCUGGGAUGUGAAGUCAUUCAGUGACAACGGUUCUACUUUUCUCGCCUUUGCAAACUUCAAACACGGUAUCAAUUCUCCCAUUUACAAGUGGAAUGGCAGCAAUUUUGUUCUAUUUCAGUCGAUUCCUACUCGUGGAGCAGCCGCGUUACAUCCCUUUAUGAUGUGCAGUCAAACUUUUCUGGGUGUGGCUAAUCAUUUUAAUAACGACAACGGGUUCAAUAUUAUGUCAGUGGUAUAUCGAGUUUCUCAGGAACAGUUCAUUGAAUAUCAAGAGAUUCCAACCCAGGGAGCGCUUGAUAUGACGUCAUUUCAAUACAAAGGGCAUACUUACCUAGCAGUUGCAAAUUGUAGAACUGAUCAUCACAAAUGGAAUGUCAACAGUGCGCUGUAUAAGUGGGCCUAA